AUGACAGACGCCUUCCCGACCCCGACGGCGACGCCAAAGCGCAAGAGAGACGAAGAGGCCCCUCCGCUGUCGCCCAUCUACACCACGGCCAAGUUCUCCUUCCAGCUCCCGGAUGCUAAGAGCGACGAGGACGGGAGCGCGAGCCCGCGCAGCAAGGUGGUGCACAAGUUCCGUGGUUUGGCGCUCAGCGGUGGUGGUGGUGGUAGUGGUGGGGGCGGGGUAGCCCAGCAACAGGGCAGUAGCCAACAACCUCAGCGCCAGGGCCCCUACGACCCGACUCGCGACCUGGGUGACAGCGGCGACGGAGCCUACGACGACGACCCCUUUGCGAGCCGCAAGAGAGUCAAGAUACCCGAGCUGGAGAUGAAGGACGCCGACGAGGAUGAGCCGGUCGCGGUUCCGGACCCUGAGGUCAGAAGUGAUCCGGGCCUCGCCCCGACGACGGGUGUGAGCGUGGCCGCGCCUGAGGCAGAGGCUGCUGCGGAGAUUUCCCCCGACGGCACAACGGCUACCGCUACGAGUACGGCGGCCACACCGGGCCUGCAACGACCACAGACUUUCUUCAACCGGCUACAAGACGCAAAGGCUAGAGGACGCAGACGAGCCGGCACGCCGCCCCUCAAAGGCCGCAAGGGCAAGAACGCCGCAGAGGCAGCACCACGAGACGAGGACGAGGAGAUGCAGAUUGUGGAUCCCGUCAGGGCAGCGCUGACGUGGAAGGAGGAGGAGAUUACUAUCUACGACCCGGAUGACGAGGACGACGAUGGCACGGGAAUCAACGGGGUCGGGUUCAUGCCGACGGCGGCGAUGGCGUACGCGCGCACGCAGAAGCGGCGGCUGCAGCUGGCCGAGUAUAAGAAGCGGGAGGAGAGCGAGGCAAGAGCCCGGCGGAGUCAGCGCCGACGCGGCAGCGGCGCGGGCUUGGGGGUUAAGAUUGACACGAAGCCAGCUUCCGGAAGCGGCGUGCGCAGGGUGCGGUUUGACUCGGAGCCGAAUACGAUUGUGACGAAUGGAUGA